AUGGCGGCUUUAACAUGGAUGGCAACUCGUGCAGCUAGCAGACAUCUGGUGUUUAUGCUUCUCACUGCCUGCGUCUUCCAUACAUUUGUCUAUCAGAUGCUGUACUCCGUGCUUCAUAUUCGUGGCUGGUUAAUGGUCGUUGCCCGUUUCGCCUUUUCGUCUGCUAUAUCUGUUGGAACAUUUUUAGCCUAUUCGGUCGCAGGAAGUGUCUCUCAAAAAAGAGAAUAA